AUGGCAGACCUGGGGCCCCGCUCCUGCCACGCCGGCCCCAGCCUGACCCCCGCAGUCCCGCCACCCGAGGGGGCACUGGCUGUGAACGUCACCCUGACCCAGGAGCCCGGCUCAGACCUCCCAGCCGAGAGCGGUGCAGGGAUCAGCCACGCCUCCAGCUUCAGGAAAGGACUCCUGGAAAGUGCCCAAGAGCCUUCCCGGCAUCUGCCCAGAAACUUGGUGGGCUCCGGGGAAGGAGCCUGGACCGCGUCCGAAGUCCUCCAUCCUGGCGCUGCAGGGAGGGAAGAGGCGCCCUGGGAAGAAGGUGCCUUGAAGGUGGUCAGCACCGCCCUCCCUUCGCUGGCCAGGGGUACAGCGCUGGCGAGUCCAGCCAACGUGUCCGCGACCAGGGGGGACUCGGGGACCCUGGGCCUGUCCCUGCAAGGGUUGCUGCGGACUUUCCUUCCCUGCUUGGUGUCCUUGGUGUUCUGGGAGCUGCUGGCGGCCCCUCUGGAGCAGGUGGCGGACGACAGCCUGUUUGAGUACCUGGAUGUUGUGGACGCCACCGACCGGCACAGAACCCUUUGGGCCUGGAAGCUGCUGGGCACGGUGGCGGGCGUGUGCGGCAUCGCAGCCUUGGUGGAGCAGCUGGACUGCUCCCUGCAGGCCAGCGGCCCCCGGGGGGUGGUGUCCUUCUACGGCUAUGCGCUGGUCAGCGUCCUGGCUCUGCCUGUGAGCACUGUUUUCCCUGUCCCCCUGUGCAGGCGGCGGGAGCCCAGCUGCAAAACCAGCAAAGCGCUGUCUCUGGUGGAGGGCGACCCCCGCCUCCUCCUCCUGGCCAUCACUGUCUUUCUGACCGGAGCCGUCACCAGCACCACCCAGAACUUUCUGUUCUGGCACAUGCAGGACCACGGCAGCAGCGAGCUGGUGAUGGGCUUCUCCGUGGCCCUGGGCUUGCUGGGGGAGGUUCUCCUCCACCCAUUCAGGGCCACGUUGCUUAGAAAACUGUCCAGACUGGGAACCCUAGGGCUGGGGCUGGGCUGCCUCUCCGGGCAGCUGCUGUACUACUCCUUCCUCUGGAGCUGGUGGUCCAUCCUCCCGGUGCAGGUCUUGAGUGCCGUCAGCCACGGGGCUCUGUGGUGGGCGGUGGGCGCCUCCCUAGAGGACCUGGCCACCCCCGGAAUGGAGAGACCUCUGAGUGCCAUGUUCCGAGGCCACUUCUAUGGGGGCGGGGCCAGCCUGGGCAGCUUCGUGGGGGGCUUCGUGGCGAGGCACUUCAGCCUGGCGGUGCUCUACCAGGCCGGCUGCACCGUCCUGGGGCUCUGGCUGGCCCUCUUCCUGUCUGUCCGGCCCAGGCUGCCCCAGGAGCCGAGAGUCAGCUACUCAAAGCUGCUGGUCGUGGAGGCAAGUGACACGAGCGACUCUGAGCAGGGGACGGAACAGGACUGUCUUGUGAAGGCCAGUCUGGGAAGGAGCCAAAGGACUGGACAGAACUCAGCCUGCUGAGGACAGAGUCCCCGCCUCCUGCCCGGGGCCCCAUGGGCCUCGGGAGAGAGAGGGCACGUCGAUGCGGAAGCCCCACGGGUUCCUCUCCUUGUCGGAUUGCAGCUCAAUUUUGUAAAAAGUCAUGGAGGAAAGAAAACAUUUGCUAAAAAAACAAAGUUCCCUCUGUGGUCACUGCCUUUUGGUCUAUGAGGUUUGCCAGAGCUUUACUAGUAUGGAUCCUGUGCUGCUGAAUCCGGCCAUGGCGGGAGCGCUGGGAUCAAAUGGCCGCGCCAGGGUGACCAUGGGGCCUGCAGGAUUCCGGCAGCAGAGGGAGCAGCUGGCUUUGAUGAGUCCUGUGCGUUCCUGUGGGUCCUAAAGGGCCUGCGCCUGAUCCUAUUAAAGCCACGCCUGGGCAGGUAAGAGUUGUCAUGAAAACCAGAACUCUCUCUCUCCCCACUGAUACACGGGUGCCCACACUCAUACCCUGGUACUUAAGUUUCCAAUUAGAGAAGAUGAUGGAGAUGUAAUAUGUCCAGGGGAGAGGGGGUGGGAGUUCAUGAGUUUUCAUUCUUACUCUCAAAUGUGAGUGUCACCUGGAAUAGAAUCCUUAGAACUGCCUUACAUUCUUAUGUCAGAGCAAAGGCAAUGUCAUGUCCUUUGGACUCGCAUUUUACACACUCCCCUCACCUCUGCUUUGAUUAGUGUGCGGCGGCCUCUGUAGGGUUCAGGUGCCACGGGUAGUCCACAUGGCACCUGUGCCUAAUCACUUGGUUGGGCGCUUUUGCAAACCCUCCCCACAUCCCAGAAAAGGGUCCUUUAUUCCAGGGACCAGCCCCCAGAGCCCAAGUCUUCUAUCUUAUAACCAGUUGAGUGUAGGAUAUUGGGUUUAGAAGGGGCCUCAAACACAGAAAAUGUCUCAUAGCUGGGGAAAGGGACACACCCAGAAUGUCCAAUGGGUUAGUCAUGGUUCUAGCAACUUUGUUCUUUUAAAAGUUCCUAAGGGUUCAAAUAACCAACAAAAAAUAACCUCUACCUUCAAUACUAGUAAUUAGGGAUUCAUUUGUCUUACAUAAGAAGUCUAGGGGUAGGCAGUCCAGAGCUAGUACAACCGCUUCGAGAUGCCACCGGGGACCCAAAUCUUUUCAUCUCUUUACUUCAUCAUCCUCAGCUUAUAGGCCUCCCUCCCAUAUUGUUCACUCAUUACACGAUGGCUCUGCAACUGCAGGCCUCUCAUCCAUGCUCCAGGGAGCGAGAGGAUUGAAUGCCUAGGUCAGGAAAACAAGAAACUUCUCUGAAAUUCAUAGCCUCCGUCUGCUCACGUGGCCACCCUGAAUUGCAAAGGCAUCUGGGAGGUGGAGUGUUUUCCAGUGGGCACAUUUACACCCCAAGCAAAAUCAGGGUCCUGUGAGAAAGAGGGGCUGGCACUGCCUAGCCCAGCGCCAGAAGCGGAGCUCACAUUCAGGCCUGUCUCGUUCCAAAGCCUGCGUUCUUUCUGCACAGCAAGCCUGCUUCCCACAGAAAUGCCCUUAGCAGCUAGACCUCCCACCGCAACCCUAGGAAUAACGCAAAUUUGUUCGCUGCAUUUUACAAAAAGAAAAUGGAGUCUUGGAAAAGUCACACAGUGGGUCACAGGCAAAAACACCACCAGAGCCCUGAUCUCCUUUACCCCAAAUUUAGUGCGUUUUCUGCUGCGCCAGCAGUUCCACGCCUGCCUGGCCACCCAAGUCACCUGAGGAGCAUAUCCAAAAAGACAGGUUCCUGGGCGCCAUUGGAAUCUCUCAGGUGGGGCCCAGAAUCCCCCAGCGAUGCAAACUCCAAGCGAGUCUGUGGCUAACCACGCCCUGCGUGCCACUCCUUUGCUGAAUGCUUCUUAGCCCGAAGUGAAAAGAACAGUAGCCACUGAGUGUUACUCUAUGUAGACACUGUUCUAAACACUUCACAGGUGUCGCUCCUUUAGUCCUAAAGCACCUUAGCUGGAAGCCAUUAUUACCAUAUCCAAUUUCCAGAUGACAAAGCUGACCGCUAAGUAACUGGCUUGAGGACACACAGCUAGUAGGUGGCAGAGCGGGGCUUCUGAGCCAGCCUGGGGUCAAAGCCUGGAACUGUCAUCUCUGCUCUGUGGCCAAGAAAUUGGACAAAAGAUGGAACAUUAAAUAUUAAGGUUUAAGGCGGCUAUCACUUGAAAUCUACUGGGUAGAGAUAGCAUUCACUGUGUAGACAGAACAUACAGUAAUACCAAAAUGCAAGCACAUGUGUGUUCCUAACAUAAGCAAGAGGGUGAGGAACAAGCGCUGGCAUAAGGAAAGAGCUGAGAAGGUGAGUGUGGUUCUGCAGGAAGAAGAGGAAAAGGAGGAGAAAGAGGAGCACAAGGUGGAGGAGGAGGAAGAGCUGAAAGGAAACAGUGAUAUCAUGGUUUAAGGAUCUAAACAUGCUGAGAAAUUUGUGUUUCUGGCUAUUUAUUAUUUGACUAGCCUCUGUUUGUAAAGAAUUAUGCUACUUGUCAUGGAAAAUACAAGAAUGAAUAAAACACAUAACCUCCUACCCUCAAGAUUUUCUGGGAGAUUUACUU